CCUAUUGUAGGAAACAGUCUUUAUAAAACAGUAUUCAAUAUGGUGUCCACCGUUAUAGAACACAUUGUGGAUGCGUUGUUCGUGGUAUUCAUCUUCAGCCCAUUGGUUGUAUGUUACUGGAAUAGUACCUGGAACCUCAUUGGACUAUAUCUGUUGCCAAGCAACAAGAUAGCGUCCGGAUGGAUAUCGGUGGCAAUAAGCAUUGUGUUGAUGGUGGCGUCAUUUUUCACACAGGACGUUUUGAACAAGUAUGUCAAGAAAGAAAAGUACGUGUCCUUUUACCUGGUGUCACGCCUCUUUACCUACGUCAUGUCAUUUAGCCAGGUGAGCAACUGGCGAGGGAUAUGGGAACUUCUCAACCUGUACAUCGGCAUAACAAUACCUGGCUCACUGACAAUUCUAGGUAUCGGUACUGUAGGUCUGAUUGCCCUUCGUUCGUACAGGAACGUUUUGACGCCACCAGGAGCUUGGGUUCUUGACGUUGACACCGACAACCAUUUCACCAUCAUUCAUCUGUUCGGGACAAAGAAGGGCAGCGUCCUGUAUGUCAUUGACGUCCUCUUCGGUGUGGUUGUGGUGUCGACGCUGGUGGUGCUGGUCUGGCGGGGUCAGUGGAUGGUUCUCCAACUCUCCAUUUCACCCAACAACGACCUCUGGCGGGGAAUCAUCGUCUUCAGUGUCGGUAACGUGCUGGUAGUUACACUGAUCGUCACACAGUUUCCCGCCAGAAAGCUUGCCGGGCAUCUACACACGACACAUCCACUCCUUCAGAUAGUGUUCGAGGACGCCUGUGUUUUGCUGGUGUGCUUCAGUGCUGUGUGUUACUGGCACGGGCUGUGGGCUUUGCUGGACGUGAUGGUCAUCGGGUAUGAUCCCAACUUGACACAGUGGUUACUCCAUGCUCUAGGGUUUGGAGGGUUAAUGCUGUUACGUGUAUGUAGGUCUCUACAGUUCAUGGGCUACAAUUUCGAUGGCGAGUACCCUGAAGGUAUUGGUCUGGUACAGACGCCAUCUUACUGCAACACAAUCUUGGCAUCGCUGUGUAGAAGAGAGGCAUUGAGUCAGGCCAUACACAAGACAGCGACUACCGAGACCACGUUCUCACUUCCGGACAGCGAGUGACGACUAGAGGACACACAUGCCAUUCUGUAUUAUUUCCGCUGAGUGAUUGGGUACGAAAAACAAUGUGUAGAUCAUGUAGAGUGAGUUAGUGAGUUUGGCUUUACACCGCUUUUAGCAAUAAUCAAGCAAUAUCACGGCGUGGGACACCAUAAAUGGGCUUCACCAGAGACCAUAUACUCUGGCUUCACACAUUGUACCCAUGUGGGGAAUCGAACCCGGGUCUUCGAACGCUUUAACCACUAGGCUACCCCGCUUCCCCAGAUCAUGUAGAAGCAGAUGCUAAGUGGUGGGACAUUAACUGGGACAAGCUGUCUAUUUGGAACUUACUGUUAUCUCGAAGUAAAGCUUUGUCCCGCGUAUUUAUUCAGUUAGGUUGUGAUAACAGUUGCAUAGAUUAAUAGUUGAGGGGGCGUAGUUAUGGGUGAGUGAGUGAGUGAGUUUAGUUUUUCCUCACUCAACAAUAUUCCAGCUAUAUGGUGGCGGUAUGUACACAAUCGAGCCUGGGCCAG